AUGGAUAACUCCGACAUACUGAUGAACUUGAUGAUGCAGCAGAUGGAGAAGCUUCCUGAACAGUUCUCUAACUCAAACCCUAACCCUAAUCCCCAUAACUUUAUGAUGCUCUCCGAAUCCAACACUCAUCCAUUCUUCUUCAACCCCAACCAUACUCAUAUCCCACUUGACCCAACCAUCUCUCAUCACCACCAACCCGGUUUAAAUUUCCGGUUCGCCCCUUCCACGUCAUCAUCUCUCCAGGAGAAAAGAGGAGGAUGCAGCGACAACGCCAACAUGGCCGCCAUGAGAGAGAUGAUCUUUCGUAUAGCCGUGAUGCAGCCUAUACAUAUUGAUCCGGAAUCCGUGAAGCCACCGAAGAGAAGGAACGUGAGGAUCUCCAAGGAUCCACAGAGCGUGGCGGCUCGACAUCGAAGGGAGAGGAUAAGCGAGCGGAUUAGGAUUCUUCAACGGCUUGUCCCCGGUGGAACCAAGAUGGAUACGGCGUCGAUGCUCGAUGAGGCUAUCCAUUACGUCAAGUUUCUCAAGAAGCAAGUGCAGUCGCUGGAGGAGCAUGCGGUGGUUAACGGGGGAGGAAUGACGGCAGUGGCCGGAGGAGCAGUGGCGGCUACUGUUGGUGGAGGAUAUGGAGGAAAAGGGUGUGGGACUAUGCGGUCUGAUCAUCACCAGAUGCAUGGAAAUGCACAGAUUCUUAGAUGA